GUGAGGCCCAGGAUCCAGACGCUGUGUGGACGUCUCCGUUCUGUCUUGCAGCCGCGGCUGAAGGCCUCCAGGUCACAGUGCCCGACAAGAGGAAGGUGGCCAUGCUUUUCCAGCCCGCUGUGCUGCAUUGCCGCUUCUCCACGUCCUCCCGCCAGCCGGCGGUCGUCCAGUGGAAGUUCAAGUCCUACUGCCAGGAUCGCGUCGGGGAGUCCCUGGGCAUGUCAUCUCCACGGGCCCAGUCUCUCAGUAAAAGAAACCUGGAGUGGGACCCUUACUUGGAUUGCUUAGACAGCAGGAGGACUGUUCGAGUGGUAGCUUCUAAACAGGGCUCGACUGUGACCCUGGGAGAUUUCUACAGGGGCAGAGAGAUCACGAUUGUUCACGAUGCAGAUCUUCAAAUUGGAAAACUCAUGUGGGGAGACAGCGGACUGUAUUACUGCAUCAUCACCACCCCUGAUGACCUGGAGGGCAAGAACGAGGAUUCCGUGGAGGUACUGGUGCUGGGCAGAACAGGGCUGCUUGCUGAUCUCUUGCCCAGUUUUGCUGUGGAGAUUAUGCCAGAGUGGGUGUUUGUCGGCCUGGUGGUCCUGGGAGUCGUCCUCUCCUUCGUCCUGGUGGGGAUCUGCUGGUGCCAGUGCUGUCCUCACAGCUGCUGCUGCUACGUCCGCUGCCCAUGCUGCCCCGACUCCUGCUGCUGCCCUCGGGCCUUGUAUGAAGCAGGGAAAGCAGCAAAGGCCGGGUACCCUCCCUCUGUCUCCGGUGUCCCUGGCCCUUACUCCAUCCCCUCUGUCCCCUUGGGAGGAGCCCCCUCAUCUGGCAUGCUGAUGGACAAGCCGCAUCCACCUCCCCUGGCACCAAGUGACUCCACUGGAGGAAGCCACAGUGUUCGCAAAGGUUACCGGAUCCAAGCUGAUAAAGAGAGAGACUCCAUGAAGGUCUUAUACUAUGUCGAGAAGGAGCUGGCUCAGUUUGAUCCAGCCAGAAGGAUGAGAAGCAGAUAUAACAACACCAUCUCGGAACUCAGCUCUCUGCAUGAGGAGGACAGCAGUUUCCGCCAAUCUUACCAUCAGAUGCGAAACAAGCAGUUCCCUGUGUCUGGGGACUUGGAGAGCAAUCCUGACUACUGGUCAGGUGUCGUGGGAGGCAGCAGCGGGGCAAGCCGGGGGCCCUCGGCCGUGGAGUAUAACAAAGAGGAUCGGGAGAGCUUCAGGCACAGCCAGCAGCGCUCCAAAUCGGAGAUGCUGUCCCGGAAGAACUUCGCCGCUGGGGUGCCCGCCGUCUCCAUGGAUGAGCUCGCGGCCUUUGCCGACUCCUACGGCCCGCGGUCCAGCAGGGCGGACGGCAACAAACAGGAGCUGCGAUGCGGGAGCCGCUUCGAGCGCUCGGAGGCGCGGGCGCACGGGGCCCUCUACCAGGACGGCUCGCUGGAGGAGUACUAUGGGCCGCGGAGCCGCAGCCGGGAGCCCCUGACCGACGCGGACCGCGGCUGGUCCUACAGCCCCCCGCGCCGGCGGCCGCCGGACGACGCGCACUUGCCGCGCCUGGUGAGCCGCACGCCGGGCACCGCGCCCAAGUACGACCACUCGUUCCGCGGAUCCGGGCUGGAGAGGCAGGUGCGGCCGGAGGGCGCCAGCCGCGGCGGCAGCCUCGAGACGCCGUCGAAGCUGAGCUCGCAGCUCGGCCCUCGCAGCGCCUCCUACUACGCCUGGUCGCCGCCGGCCACCUACAAGGCGGGCGCGCCUCCGGACGACGAGGAGGACACGCCCGACGACACGUUGCCUCCCUACAGCGAGCUCGAGCUCAGCCGGGGCCCGUCCUACCGCGGCCGCGACCUGCCCUACCACAGCAACUCGGAGAAGAGGAGGAAGAAGGAGACGCCCGUGAAGAAGACGAGUGACUUUCCAACCAGGAUGUCCCUUGUGGUCUGAUAUUUGUUUUCAAGACAACUCACUGAAUGACUGGGAAUUGGAAACAGAACACGGGAACAAGACACAAAUCCAAGAGCCAGCAGGCCCGGGACCUUCUUGGGCCACCACCUUGGAAGAUUUGCUGAUCUUUGCUUUGGCAAGGGAUGGGGGGCAGCCUUUAAGGGAGGCUGAGUCCAAACCUCAGUGCCCAUCUAACUAGUUUGAGAAACUUACCAAGAAAACAACUACAGGUGAACACAUUCCCACACGUGGAGUUUAUCACCCAGAGUUCUUCCUGCCCUGUCUCCUCCCUUAGCCAAACCAGGAUCCCUUUUCCAUUUCUGAAAGAGAGUUAGCUCUGGACUGCUAAUCUCCAGAUAAUGCCUGUGCUACAGGCUGCUUUUCCAUACCUCCUGUGCUGUGCUUAGAGACAGAGUCGAUUACUACUAUUAGAAGGCCUUUACCCACAGCAGAAGAUAGCUUCAGGCAAAAUACACCUUUUAGCCCCGUCACUUCCCAGUCACUAGUCAGUGACGGUUGUUACACUGCAAUCAGGCCUGUGGUGAGCUCAGUGACCAUGACCUGCCGGACAAUCACAGAAAUGACUUCAAUUUGCUGUUCUGAAUGACAGUUCUUGGCUGGAACAAAACAAGAGCUGUCGAAGUGGUAUUUCUUUCUCCAUUCUAAGAACACGAACUGCUUUUUCUCUCUUGUCAUAGCGAUGUGAGUCUUGGACAUCAAGGGCUCUUCUCGUCCUCCCCUUUCCUGGGCUGUCCACAGGUUGGUGCCACACACAGAGCCCCGUGUCCCUCUGCACUCUGAUUAGGUUAUCAUCAGGUGCCUUUUGAUAAAUGCUGAAGAUACGCAUAUGAAAGAGAAGAGAGGAAAAAAAGAGGAGAAAAGAAUAAUGCAAACGAAAGAAAAAUGAGAAAGAAUCUAAGAAGAAAAGAAUGUAUGGUCUCACUAUAUGUUGAAUAUGGGCCAUUUCCUCCACAGGCUCCGCUGGCUCUUCUGUGUGUUUUAUACGUCAUUUACCGUGAGUUGUUCCUGCCCAUCCCAGUUUCAUCACUCCAGGACACCUGAGUGUGGAGCGGGCAUCACCAGGCUGCCACUCUAGAUGCUCUUGGGAGAUGAGGGAUACUGCUUUCUCAGGAAGGAGCACUUCCUACUCCGUGUGUGCAUGCUAAGUCACUUCAGUCGUGUCUGACUCUUUUCAACCCCAUAGACCAUAGCCCGCCAGGCUCCUCUGUCCAUGGGAUUCUCUAGGCAAGAAUACUGGGGUGGGUUGCCAAGCCCUCCUCCAGGUGAUCUUCCCAACCCAGGGAUCAAACCUGCUUCUCUUACGUCUCCUGCAUUGGCAGGUGGGUUCUUUACCACUAGCACCACCUGGGAAGCCCUUUUCUAUUCCCACCCCUGCCUAAAGGAUAGAUUUUGCCUAAAUCUCAAAUCCAGGUCUCUUUGGAUUUCAUAAUUUGUAUAGAUUG